AUGGUAGCUUCGAUAGUGGUAUUGGAAGCAGCUUUCCACGUUUGCUUGGUUAUAGCGAACUUUUCAGCGUCUAUGGAUUUUAUUAUUCUAAGGAGGAACUCCAAGAUGGAAAUCGAAGCUAUGCUGGAUAAAAUUGAAAAACAGUGCGUUCGGAACAUCUUUAGUUAUUAUUCAAUGAUGUCAUCCAACAUUUUCUACAUAUCACUGCUGAGUUUUAAAUUGUACCUGGACCUUUUCCGCACGGAACACUUGCUGAAAGUUAUGAAUAACUACAUGGAAGAACGUAUGAAGAAAAAGUCAGCCGUUUGGACCGUAUCAACGAUCAGGCCCCGGAAGAGCAAUUUGAAAAUAUUCAUAGAAAUAUACUCAGAACUACUGGAGACUUUUGGUAGGAUGAAUAGCCUCUACGGGUUCCAUUUCUUAACGAUAAUACUCAACGUUACUGUAAUGGUGCUGCAUUUCAGUAACUUUUCUCUAAAAGUAGCGGCUCAGAGAUCGGGUAGACCUUUCAACCCGUUCACCUUGAUCACGGAUGCAUUUUUGAUUGCAGCAUUUACAGGUCAUGGUAUCAUGAUAACUCAAAUUUGUGAUAGAGUUACUGAACAAAUAAAGACCACCGUCAGCGCUUGUUACAGAAAUUUGAUAACUCUACCAGAUAAUCCUACUUUUGACGAGGAAUGUGAUGACAAGUUGGCCUUGAAGUUAUUUGCUGAUCAUCUUUCUUCUUCGAAUGUUACCUUUUCAGCUUCUGGUUUGUUCCCAGUUGACCUGACUGCAUUUUUCAUGAUAUUCGCGUCUAUAGCUAUGUACCUAGUGAUAAUACCUUUAGAUAAGUAG